UAUGCAAAGCGGUGAGAUCGCGAGCGCCCAAAUUUCGGCUAGCUCUUACCUCGAUGAGGCCCAUGCUCCCGGGGAGGGGCGUUUUAACGGUCCCUCUGCUUGGUGUGCCGCCCCUGCUGAAAGCAAACCCUGGAUAAAAAUUGACCUUUUGACCCAUGCUCACAUCGACAAGUUCGUCGUCCAUGGGCUCGUCAACACGCCCGUUGAUUACCCGGCGGCGUCGGGCUCGUACCCGACGGAGUUAAAGUUUAAAACGAGCGUGGUAGAUGACUUCUAUUCUUACGUGGACGUAGAGCUACAGGGAAACAGUGCAAAUAGUGCAGAAGAUGUACAAGAAUAUAUAACAACGUGGGAUCCUGUCGCCCGGUAUAUCCGGAUCAAGAUAUUAUCAUCAAAUACCGCUUUCAAUUGCCUCCGAGUCGAGAUAUACGGCUACAUGAACUUCGAGAUAUGGCCAGAUUUUAACAGUACCCAUUUAGACGAUCAUAUUGAAUAUGCGACCGAUGAAGAUAUUCACCUUGAAUGCAGCUGUUUUACGAACCCUCCAAUAGAGACCUAUAAAGAAGACUACUACUUCUUCCUAAGCGGGACUGAAAUCUCUAACACGUUCUGUCCGGGACAUACCAGGCAGUGGGACACUUCCGCCGUGACACCUUCAUCAGCCUGGCCUGAAACGGGCAGUGGACUCUCGCCCGUCACUGAGAGCGCAACCACCGGGUUUAUCUUCACCGACAUUUUCAGCGUAGAUAUUACGUCGCCGGCUGCCCAUGGUAUGACGUCAUCGUCUUCGUCAUCAUGGCUGUGUCCUGAUGUUCCCCCAGACAUGGUGUUCACAUCCACCGUCAUCUAUCGUGAAGCCUUGACCAUACGUGGAGGUCAUGUGAAGUUGAACUACUUUCUUCGCGGGGACGACCGGACGAGUUGGACGCUUAUCAUGAGGGUCUGGACGGAGAUCACAUCCGGUUCAUGGGCCCACGAAGACGCGGUCAUAGCCGAGGUUCAUGGCUCACCCGGCGGUGGUUCGCCAGGGGAAUGGAGAGAGUUCCACCAUGAACGUCAAUUUAGCGAGAAAUAUCAGCUAAUUGCAGUGUUCACAAUCGUCGCAGAUGGUUACUCCAUGGUGGCCAUUGAGGCAGAUAGUUUCCACUUGGUCUCAGAUAGUUUUAUAGGUGCGAAAGAAACCAAUUUGGGGAUGCAGAACUUGAACAUCUUAGACCGUCAGAUUGCGUCAUCCAGCGAACGCGAUCCUAACACCUCGGCCAUAUCUGCACGCCUGUUCGACGGUACUGGCUGGUGCCCCGAUGGAAAUGACGUGGACCCUUGGAUUCAGGUUAAUAUGGAAAGAGAGGUGGUCUUGAAUGGAAUCAUGAUCCAGGGCAGGGAAUACACUGAUUGGGUCACCAAAUAUUACAUCCGGGUCAGCAAUGAUGGAGAUACCUGGCUUAACUACGACAACCUGGAUUACUCAACUAUCUUUGAGGGAUCCUGGAGUUCCAACAUGGUCGUUAUGCAGACGUUACCCAAUCCGAUGGGGGUCUACAGCGUCUCCAACGCCUCAAGGGAACCCUACCACUCCUGCAGCUGUGACAACGCCCAACUCUAUAACCAAAGUAACGAGUAG